UACAAAAUACAUGUGUCACAGGGAAAACUAAUAGCCUACUGUGACUACUGUUUUCCCCAUCUUCAUCUUGCUACCUCUGCUUUGUUUUCUAAAGCUCUCAUAUAAAAAUCUACUGUUACAGUUGGAACUGUUCUAUGGCAACCAGAACUAAUUGCAUAAAUCAUAUGGCUUUUGAACUCCUGAUGUCUUUGCUCUUGAAAAACAAAAAAGCCUACUUGCUUUUUUUUUACCUUACUCAUGACUGCAGCUAAUUAGAAACUGGGAUUCAGUUAAUGCUAUAAAGAGUGUUUGGGUUUAAAAUCUUAACUGUACGUGGUGAACUAAAAGUAAGUUUGAGAAACAGAUGGCUCCCAUGCAUUGCAUGUUAACAAAAGAAACCACUCCAUUUGCUGAACUGAACAACUUUGUCUCUAGCUCUGUUUCCUUUCAUUAUUGUAAAGAAGGAGCAGAUUGACUUGGUCAGCUUAACUUUGUUGUUCUCCUCUUAAUUUGAAUGCAUUUUAAGACAAGUUACAUUUCCUCAGUAGGCAUAUAACCCUGUUUACUGAACUUAAUGGUUUCCUAGGUUUUGAAUGGAGUAACUGCUGAGCUAGUUUAACAACCUGAAGUGUAAUACUGUCUCUGAGGCUAAUAGUCAAAAACUGAAUUAGGUUUUUUAAUGGUACUAAAGUUUCUUCAGUAGUUCAGUAUUUUAAAACUUAUGUUGAAGAUUACUCACAGCUCAAAUUCUUUGGGGUUGUGCCAUUUUAGUACAGUGUUUAGGCUGAAAACUGCUAGAUAUAAAGAGCAGUCUGCAGCUUUGAAAAUAACAAAAAUGGUCAAAGAGCAAAAUACGGUUUGGAGACAUAGUGGUAUGGUAGUUAGAGAAUUGACUUGCACAUUGAUGCAACUACCUUAUAGAAUUUUUCAGUAAAGAUAGAUGUGUUACACAAACCGGAAUUGCCUCAAAUGAGAGGUCCUCUUCUUCUUUUUUUUGAGAAGUGCUGCAGUGAUCGAGAGUAUAGUGAAGUCUGUAGUGAGUACACAAAGGCCUGUACAUACAAGUGAGCUGUCCUAUUGAAGUUUUCCAUCUAUAUAGCCUGUGGUUCAUGGGAAGCAAAUAAUCUAUGGGGUUACACUGCUUUGAGAGCCACAGAGAUCCACAUAUGUCAUUUUACACACAUCAGUACAAUCCCUGUAGGACAGAGAAUUUUGGAAAGUGCUACUUUAUUUCACUCUCCUUAAUAAAGCUUGUCUGGACUUUAAAGAAGUUGGUUGAGACUCUUAGAUUUUCUUCAUGUAAUAAGCAGUUCAUCAAAAGUACUUGGCUGUAAACAAGAGUGCUUCAGCAGUGCAGUUGUUACUCUUGAUGCUGGGUUGACACCAGAGAGAAUGGCAUGCAAGUUUGUGGUUGAUACCAAAGAGUCAGUAUUUUGCAUAAAGAGAUGAUUGAUGGUCUUUAUUAACCUAAGUUAGAAAUAAAGGCCAGAUAUGAAGUCAGCUAACCCUAUGGACUUCGUAGCAAACUGAAAUGAAAAGUAACUUCCACCAUUUUAAAACAGAAACAGAGAAAGUUUUGAAGUGUAUCUUUAUAAACCCUAGAUGCACCAGCCUUCUGAAACCUAAGUAUUUUCUAAUCAAGUUUAGACUUGCCCUAUCUGCUAACCAAGGGCAAGACAGUAGUCUCAAACUGUGGCAAGAAUCAGGAGUCUUCCUAUUUGUGCCUGUUGUUCCUACUGUGGUUAUAUUUCAUGUCUGGACUACUUGUAAUCAUCUGCAGAUGGCCUAUUAGCUUUUGUGGUAUCCUCCUAGCACUGUUCAGUGUAAAUCCAACUGGAUUUGCAGCAGUCUUUUAGUUAAAACAGAGAAUGUUCUUGGGGACAAAGAUACCAUUGCGAAAAACACUUGCAUGUUUUGCUCCAGUUAUUCACUUGAGAAAUCCUUGAGUCUACUGCCAGUUGUAUGUCCAGUGGUACUUUUAAACAGCUAUUGCAAGGAAACAGUGAAUAUCAUCUGUGCAAGAUUCUAAUUUACUUAAUUUUUAAAACCUGGAAUUUUAAGAACAGAUUGGAUUCUAACAAAGUAGUUUGGUGUAGAUUUUUUCUGUGGGCUGGGAAAGACUUGCAUGUAAGGGGAGCUGUCUUUCAGUGGUGCAUGGUCAUCUUAUGUACUGAUGGAAAAUCAACUCACUGUGGUUUCUUUCUUUACUCUUCAGUCUUGAAGAUUUAAAAUUUUCUUUGUGAUAUAGUUUCUUUUAGGCAUGCUGUGGUUCUGGAGGUAGUUUCCAGGGUAGACGCAGGGGUAACCAGACUGCAUUAUCUUUUAAAUCUUCUUAAAAAUAAGCAUCUUAUUUCAUUUAAGAAAAAUAAUUUUAGAACUGAAUUUGGAAAGAUUAGAUUGGAAUUGCCUCAAAUCCAGUUAAGCCACACUGCAUGGACGUGCUGGGAAUAUAAAUGCAAUUACUGUAAAUUUGUACAAACUGAUUUGUUGCAUUAUCUUGCUAAUCUAACAUACGGUACUUUUUGUGUCCAUAUUGCAGACGGCAACUCCAAACUAACAUGGCAGUCAGACUGUGUGAUGUGGCUUCUCUGCUUAGAAGUGGUUCGUGGGCAGCAGAGCCUUGGACUGGGGUAAUUGCUGCCAUGGAAACACAGCUGUCUAACGGACCAACUUGUAAUAACACAGCCCAUGGUUCAACCACCAUAAACAAUUGCUCAUCACCAGUUGAUUCUGGGAACACAGAAGACAGCAAGACCAAUUUAAUAGUCAACUACCUUCCACAAAACAUGACACAAGAGGAACUGAAGAGCCUGUUUGGCAGCAUUGGGGAGAUAGAAUCCUGCAAGCUUGUCAGGGACAAAAUAACAGGACAAAGCUUGGGUUAUGGUUUUGUGAACUACGUUGACACCAAGGAUGCUGAAAAAGCUAUCAACACUCUGAAUGGAUUGAGACUUCAAACUAAAACAAUAAAAGUUUCCUAUGCGCGACCAAGUUCGGCUUCUAUCAGAGAUGCAAAUUUGUAUGUUAGUGGACUUCCAAAAACAAUGACCCAGAAAGAACUGGAACAGAUCUUUUCCCAGUAUGGACGCAUUAUUACUUCUCGUAUUCUAGUUGACCAAGUCACUGGGGUAUCAAGGGGCGUGGGGUUUAUCCGGUUUGACAAGCGAAUUGAAGCAGAAGAAGCUAUCAAGGGCUUGAAUGGCCAGAAACCUCCAGGUGCCACAGAGCCCAUCACUGUAAAGUUUGCUAACAAUCCAAGCCAAAAAACCAGUCAGGCCGUUCUUUCCCAGCUGUACCAUUCUCCAAACAGAAGGUAUCCAGCACCUCUAGCUCAGCAGGCUCAACGUUUUAGGUUGGACAACCUGCUCAACAUAGCUUAUGGAGUAAAGAGUAGGUUUCCUCCAAUGACCAUUGAUGGAAUGACCAGUUUGGCUGGAAUUAAUAUCCCUGGGCAUGCAGGAACUGGGUGGUGCAUUUUUGUGUACAACUUGGCCCCUGAUGCUGAUGAGAGCAUCCUCUGGCAAAUGUUUGGACCCUUCGGAGCAGUAACCAAUGUGAAGGUCAUCCGUGACUUUAACACCAACAAGUGCAAAGGUUUUGGAUUUGUGACUAUGACAAACUACGAUGAGGCAGCUAUGGCAAUAGCUAGCCUGAAUGGAUACCGCCUUGGUGACAGAGUAUUGCAGGUCUCCUUCAAAACAAACAAAACGCACAAAGCCUAAUAAGUUAUUCUCAGUGCAUUAAUACAUGAAAACUAUACAACAAAGGCAAUUUACAAGAAGCUUUAUGCAUUAGUAAAUGCCUUUGUUGUAUGUCAGUGUGGAAAUGGGGAUAAAAUGACUACUUAGCAUCCUAAGAAUAUAUGAGAUUUUUUAUUGCUAAUAUUUGAAUUAGAACUUCUUAAAUAUCUUUUGUGUUUGAAUAUUGACAAGAGGUACAGGGUUUUUACCUGUUACAAUACAUAUUCUAUUGCCUUCUUUGAAGAAGGUGGACCUUUUAAAAUGUUUCAGCUAAGGGAAGAAGUUUUUUUCUUUAUACAUGACUGCCUUGAACCUAUGAGUAAAUACUGAGGCUUUGUGUAGUAGUUUAAGUUGUUGUUUGGGUUUUUUUAAUUUUUUUAUUUGCUUCGUUUAAUUUACAUUGUAAUGCAUUGUUGUUUUGGUUUUUGUUGUUCAAGAAAAGUAUCUGAAGUUUACAUUUUAUUUAUAAAGUUGUAAGCAGUAUUUAUUUUAUAAUUAUCGUUUGGGUUGGGGAAUGGGAACUCAUUAUAAAAGCUUAUUGUAAGAAUACUGGAGAACUUUUCGUAAAGCAGUACCUUGCCAAAGAGAUAAGAACCUCUUUGAUGUGGGUUUAGAAAAAAAAGCAUCUAUUUUUGUAAAAAAAAAAAAAAUUUGGAGAAACUUUUUACUGGUCCUGGAACAAAUAUUUUGACUUGAAUACUUUGAGAAAUCUCUUCAUAUGACACCUAGUGAGCUUUUAAAACUUACCAGGAAAUUUACAGUUGUUGGGAAAAAUUUAGAAAGAUUUAUGAUGUAGAAAUACUUUUGAGACCUUUGUAUUAAGAAGUAAAGUCAAUGGGAUGCACUGUUGGUUUCAUUUUUUGUAAUCACCAGUGGAGUCAUUGAUCAUCCUGGUUAUUAAGUGAUAGGUGGCUCACAUUAAUUUGUGAUUUUGAAACAAGUGAAAAUUUAAAAAAAAGAAUAUAAGAGCAAGCAGAAAACUUAAAAUACUGAGAGAUGGGGGAAAAAAAAAUCUGUUCUUCCUAAAGAAUUCCCUUCAGAUAGAGCUCACGGUGUUUAGUGAUGUACUUGCUAUUGUUUGAAGAAUUGUUUUGUCUUAAAAGACAUUGAGCAUGGUUUGCACAGUAGCAAAUCAGCAGAAGUGGCCUGAGUUGGGUAUGUUAGGAGGUGUUUUGAAGGUUAGGUUCAAGGCUAACACCUGAGCUUUGUGUAAUGUAAAUAAGACCUUAAGUUAUGAACCUUUCAGCCAAUUUUGAUUUUGGUUUAUUUUUUAAGUUACAUGCCAAGUGAUGUUCAAUUUUGAAUGUUUUUGUAUGAGUUUUUUCUUUGUAAAUGGCAUUAACAUUGUUACUUGAGGUCUGCUUUUUUUUUUUUUUGUCCUGAGGACUUGAAUUUACAGUGCAUCAAAUCUGUUGCUCUUUUUGUCUGUAGAUAGUCUAGCUUCAGCUGUUUAUGGUGAUGCAACAUUUUUGUUUAUAAAUAUGUUUGUGGUAAAAAAAACAAAUAUAAACAUAUGUUUUGAACAAAUUUCCUUACAUUUUUCAUAUGAAAACCAUAAAUACCUGUAUGCUAUUGAAGUUUAACUUUGUAUGAUGCUUAAAUCACUAUUUGGGGAAAUAGAAAAAAAGUCUUUACCAUGUAUUGAAGAAAUUUAAGGAAAACAAAUACAGAAUAUUUUCUGAUUAGCAUCUAGCUUAUAAUUAAAUUUUUCAAAAAAAGCUGAGGGUUUGAUGCCUUCACCAGGAUGCACUGACAACUAUGUAGUUACGUCCUGCUUUUGUAUAAACUGAGAUGCUCAUACGCUUCCCCUUAGAAAAAGCAAUGUUCUAUGCAUAACAUAGUUGUACACUAUAUUUGCAGUUGGUUUUGGUUCUUAUUCAUUUAAAUUGUAGUUAUAAAAUUUUCAGUAUAGUACAGUACAUAUACUGUGAAGCGCGUGCUAAAGUGAAUAAGCGAGUUUUCAUGCUGACCCACUCAAUGCUAUUCAAAAGUCAAUUGGCUUCCUGAGCACUUCCUCAUUCUUAGGUGCAUUUAGAUUGUUAAAGCUACUCCUCUGCAUUAAAAGUUGUAUAUAGUAUAUCAAUCACAAACUUUCCAACGUGGGGAAAAUCAGUAGCUACAUGCUUCUUUCCUAUACUAUUGUAGCAACUAACGGCAUUGAUGAGAAGGCAUGUAAAUUGGGCUUCACUUUACAGUGUUUAUCAGAGCACUUAGUAAAAUAUAAGGCUGGUAUUUAUUUGAAGUUGUAUAGUAUGACUUAAUUCACAUUUGUUGGAAUAGAGAAUAUAUUCUGUUGAGUAUUUAAGAGGUUGUACAUGUUUUCUUUUGUGUUUGGAUUCUUUGUACUUUUUCAUGUUCAGUACAUCAAUAAACAAAGUUGAAGGGAAAA